AUGAGCCUGGUUUUUGAUGAACCCAACUACAUCGAGCCCAAGUUCCCUCCCUUGCUUGAGGUGAGGAGUCACAGCACAGCUGCCCUGGCCAGGCGGCGGGAGACGGCGAAGCCAGGCUGGGGGCCCAGCUACCAGCAGCCCCCGCCAAUAGCCCAGCACCUGCCUGCCAGCCCCAGGCUCCCACUGGGCAAUUAGCCUGAACCCCCAUCACCUCUCUCACACCCAUUUGAUGACCACGCCAUGAUUGUGUCAGCCAAGCCGCCACCCUAUGGCUACCAGUCAAGGGAGGCAGCCAGCCUGGAGCAGCAGUCAGCUGACAGCAGCCCCAGGCUGAGCUUAAGGGCAGCCUGGCAGUCUGCCCACUGCCUGACAGAGCAAAGGCCACGCUGUUCUGGUCAUGAAACCAAGGAGCCAUUGGCCUGGUGUCAGGUGCCCUGGAUGAAGAAGAUCCAUGUCAGCGCCGUCAACCCCAGUUAUAACGGAGGGGAGCCCAAGCGCUCUCGAACCGCAUACACCCGACAGCAGGUCUUGGAGCUGGAGAAGGAGUUCCACUUUAACCGCUACCUGACCCGGCGGCGCCGCAUCGAGAUCGCCCACACGCUCUGCUUGUCCGAGCGCCAGGUCAAGAUCUGGUUUCAGAACCGGAGGAUGAAGUGGAAGAAAGAUCACAAAUUGCCCAACACUAAGAUGCGAUCCUCCAACUCGGCCUCGGCCUCAGCAGGCCCGCCAGGGAAAGCACAAACUCAGAGCCCGCACCUGCAUCCUCACCCCCACCAGGGCGCCUCAACACCCAUUCCCUCCUCCAUAUAA